AUUGAUGAUUAAUAGUACCAAUCUUAAUAUUAUGUUAUCUGUAGAAAUCUGUAGAGCGGAAGGUUUGUGAUUCCUAAACGUAACACCCGACUGAUGCGCAGAAAAAGAUAACUGUCAAUCAGUUGUGUCAUGUCAAGUGUGAGCAGGCGGCUACGAGGUUAUCUUUGAAAGCGUGUUGAGUUUGGUGGAACGUUAAAUUGUAGGAAAAGUGAUUGUCAACCAUCCAAGAUAUUAUCUCCUUGCCCGUUAACCCACGCCAAUGGAGAUUCCACCCCUAGAGUUCCUUCUGAUAGAGACCCAGUGCCUUUAUCAGAAGUGGGAUUCGAAGGGCACUAUUCAAAGGAGAUAAAUCUUUCAGCAUGCACACCUACGCUACGCAACUCAUCAAGUUUUACAUGGAGGAUGCUGGCUCAGACAUUGAGAGUUGGUGCAGGUUGACGGAAAUUAUUGUGAUUGACGUAAACUGGAAGGGCCUUUGUGAGUGAGUGAGUUGAGGGGGCCGGGCCAAGGGCGCCCGGGCCACCCUGUUGCCGUGGUUGAAGGGGCUGUUUACGCCCGGGCCACGCUGGUGUAAUGUUGGUUUCCUGAUCGCACGGCUGCAUGCCUGGAUCAGCAGUAAUAGUGGUAGUUGGGUUUGAGGUAAAUGGUUGAAGGAGCCUUGGCUUAAGCCUUGCGCGUCGGGCCAUGUUACCUAAACCCUGGUUUCCUGGUCGCAUGGCUGCAUGCCUGGAUCAGCAGUAGUAGUGGUGCGGUUUGAGGUAAAUGGUUGAAGGAGCCUUGGCUUAAGCCUUGCGCGUCGGGCCAUGUUACCUAAACCCCGGUUUCCUGGUCGAAGGGGCCUCACGCCCGGGCCAGCUGUAAUGUUUUGGUUUCCUGGUCGGGCUUCGCGCCCGGGCCAGCUGUAAUGGUUUGGUUUCCUGAUCCAGGGUCAUCACGCCCUGAUCAGCUGUAUUUAUUGUGAUUCUACGAUCUGAUAUUCGCACGCUCUGUAGUCAGGAAUGGACGAGCUGUGAUAAUAAGAAAUUGAAUGUUUACAGAUGGACAAACCCUGGACUAAGCGCACGAGGCCGUGCGAUAGUCAGGCUGGCCGUGUCGGCGCCGGACACAGAUGCUGCAAAUUAUUAUUGAUGAUUAAUAGUACCAAUCUUAAUAUUAUGUUAUCUGUAGAAAUCUGUAGAGCGGAAGGUUUGUGAUUCCUAAACGUAACACCCGACUGAUGCGCAGAAAAAGAUAACUGUCAAUCAGUUGUGUCAUGUCAAGUGUGAGCAGGCGGCUACGAGGUUAUCUUUGAAAGCGUGUUGAGUUUGGUGGAACGUUAAAUUGUAGGAAAAGUGAUUGUCAACCAUCCAAGAUAUUAUCUCCUUGCCCGUUAACCCACGCCAAUGGAGAUUCCACCCCUAGAGUUCCUUCUGAUAGAGACCCAGUGCCUUUAAAUUUUAUAGUUGAACGAUGGUGGCGCCCCUCUGUCAAUGAGUUUGGUGGGAAUUCAGCGUAACUCUAUGGAAUUCAGUGUUAGUCAUUUAAUGCCUUUGCCUAAAACAAUUUAAUAAACCAUGAAAAAACAAUCAGCUGUCAUGUCAUAUAAUAUGUCACUGAGACAGUUGUCUGUGGUGGGUGGUGUGAAUUUUAUUUUGGUUUUUUUCAAUUCUGGAUUUCGUGGACUAAUGAAUUUAAUGUGACCUAUACAAAUAUUCCAAGUAAAAGAUUAAUUUUAUUUAAGUAGAACAAUGUCACAAGUGCUUGGUUAAUUGUGAGAUUCAAAGAGUGCACAGACAGAAUGAAGCAAGAUGUAUCAUAAUCAGUGAUACCAAAAAAUCCUUUCUUUGGAGUUACACAUAAAUUAUGUAGAAUGAACAGACCGCCUUCAACACUUAGUUCCGAGAUUCCAGAACUAUCAACGCGAGCCAAUAAUGAUGCUACACAAGGAACACCCGCCUUGAGGCUGGAUAGAACUAAACCUGCUGGAUCCAAAGACAAUGGACGUGACGGUUCCGAUGAUUUGCUCGACCUCAAAGGAAAGGUGGAAUCUCGCUUACUGUCUAUGUGGAAUAACGUCAAAUUUGGAUGGACAGUUAAACUGAAGACAAGUUUUUCUAAGGAAUCGCCUGUUUGGCUGUUGGGACGUUGUUAUCAUCGAAAAUUAAGUCCAACUGGUUCUCUUGAGUCGUCAACUGAAAUCGGAACUGAAGCAACUGCUCAGCAACCUAUUGAGCAAAUAUAUGGCGAGGGUAUAGAAGGAUUCAAAUCUGAUUUUAUCAGUAAAUUGUGGAUGACAUACCGAAGAGAAUUUCCAACUAUGUCUGGUUCUACAUUUACCACCGAUUGUGGAUGGGGUUGCAUGCUCCGUAGUGGGCAAAUGAUGCUAGCUCAAGCAUUAGUUUGCCAUUUUCUUGGACGUUCAUGGAGGUGGUCACCAGAAAAACCUAUACAGAAUGCAAGAGAAUUUCAAGAAGACUGUCUUCAUCGUAUGAUAAUAAAGUGGUUUGGUGACAAAUCAUCAGUAAAUAGCCCAUUAUCUAUUCAUCAUAUGGUAAGAUUGGGUGAAUCUUUGGGUAAAAAACCUGGUGAUUGGUAUGGGCCUGCCUCUGUGGCACACUGUCUUAAAGCUGUAAUGACAGCAGCUUCCAAAGAAAAUUAUGAGUUUGAUAGUUUAGAAGUAUAUGUUGCUCAAGACUCAACAAUUUAUGUCCAAGAUGUAUAUUCCAGUUGUCAGUUGCCUAAUGGCUGUUGGAAAUCUCUAAUACUUUUAGUUCCUGUUAAAUUAGGUACUGAUAAAUUUAACCCUAUCUAUGGUCCAUGUCUAACUUCUUUGCUGACUUUGGAUUUUUGUAUUGGGAUAAUAGGCGGCAGACCAAAACAUUCAUUAUAUUUUAUUGGUUACCAAGAAGACAGAUUGAUACAUUUAGACCCGCAUUACUGCCAAGAAAUGAUAGAUGUGUGGCAGCCUAACUUCUCAUUACAAACUUUUCAUUGUCGAUCCCCCCGCAAAAUGCCUCUCAGUAAAAUGGAUCCUUCAUGUUGUAUUGGUUUUUAUUUAGGAACUCAGCAUGAUUUUGAGACAUUUGUUAAUAUUAUUACAUCAUUCCUAGUUCCCCAGGGUGUCUCAGCCAAUUUUGAAUAUCCUAUAUUCACAUUGCAUAAUGGAUCUCGUAGCAGCGUUAUGAACCCACCAAAUAUUAGAUAUUCUAUAUAUGAAAAUGAACAAAACUGGGUUACUCCAAACAUUCACGAUAGUGAUACUGAUAUUGAAUCAGAGGAAUUUGUUCUUGUGUGAUGUCAUCUUUCUACCCACAGGUGGAAAGUUGGAAUAGGAGUACUCUAAUUAUGUUAUUUGUAGUAGAAUUCAUGUAAAAAUGCUGUUAUAAUAUUAUUAUUAUUAGAUAGUUAAUGUUGUUAAAACUGAUUAAGUGGUUUUAUGGUUGGCAUGCAUUGUGUCAUAGUCAGCUUAUCGAAAUUGACUACAAAUAGAAAAUAUGUAGUGUAUAAGGUAAGGGCAUUCCCCAAUAUUUAUUUUUAUCUGAAAUCCAAUGGGAAGUCUAAUAUGAUUCCCAUGUGACACAGUCUGUGCUAACCAUUAUACUCUGUAUUUGUUUAUUUACUCUCAGGCUUGGUGUGCAAAGCUAAAAACUUGCCUGUAAACUUACAGAAAGUUAAAGUAAAUACAAAAUGUAAUUAAAAUAAAUAAAGAGUUUUAUUUAAACAUGUACUUAUUAUGUAAAUGUUAAACAAUUUAUUUAAUUUCUACCUGCUAUCACUGCUACUCAUGCAUGUUAAGAAAGUUAAAUCUAAAGAACUCACACACACACACACACAAUCCUGAUUUGAAGGUCUAUUCUACUUUGAUCACCUGUAAAAUUUGAUCAAAGUGAAUUUCAUCUUAUUAUCAUCAUGAACUUUAUCCAUGGGUGAUCAAUUAGAACUUAACAGUCCUAUGUAUGUACCGAUAUUAAUACUUAGCUUUUCUGCCAUAAGUGUAUCAUUAAAUUAAUCAUUAUGAAUUAAAGUUUUAAUUAUUAAA